GUCAUUAGUAUUUACAUGGGAAUCACUGUAAAUCUGGCAGAGGCAUGGGAACCCUACAAAGCCGCGAAAACUGCCCUCAACUACACCCUGGAUCUUUCAAACGUCAAAGAGCAGGCAAGCAGAUACGCUGCGGUCACUGAGCGGGUGCACACUCAGGUGCAGCAGUUUCUGAAAGAGGGCUGUCUGAGGGAAGAGCUGGUGCUGGACAAUAUUCCCAAGCUGCUGAAUUGCCUGCGAGACUGCAAUGUGGCAAUCCGCUGGCUGAUGCUUCACACUGCAGACACAGCUUGUGAUCCAAAUAACAAACGUCUCCGCCAGAUGAAGGAUCAAAUUCUUGUAGACUCAAGGUACAAUCCCAGGAUCCUUUUCCAGCUUCUUCUGGAUACAGCUCAGUUUGAAUUCAUUUUGAAAGAGAUGUUCAAGCAGAUGCUGUCAGAAAAACAAACAAAAUGGGAGAACUAUAAAAAAGAAGGAUCUGAAAGGAUGACUGAGCUUGCUGACGUCUUCUCGGGAGUUAAACCUCUUACUAGAGUGGAGAAAAAUGAAAACCUUCAGGCUUGGUUCAGAGAAAUCUCCAAGCAAAUAAUGUCUCUAAACUAUGAUGAUUCCACUGCAGCAGGCAGAAAAACUGUGCAGCUAAUACAGGCACUGGAGGAGGUCCAAGAGUUUCACCAGCUGGAAACUAACCUGCAAGUUUGCCAGUUUCUGGCUGACACCCGCAAAUUCCUCCAUCAGAUGAUCCGAACUAUCAACAUUAAAGAAGAGGUCCUAAUCACCAUGCAGAUAGUUGGUGACCUUUCUUAUGCUUGGCAAUUAAUUGACAGCUUUACAUCUAUUAUGCAGGAAAGCAUACGAGUCAGUCCCUCUAUGGUUACUAAACUCAGAGCCACAUUCCUAAAGCUUGCUUCUGCUCUUGACUUGCCACUUCUCCGCAUCAAUCAAGCCAAUAGUCCCGAUCUUCUCAGUGUCUCGCAGUAUUAUUCUGGCGAGUUGGUUUCCUAUGUAAGAAAGGUUCUACAGAUAAUUCCAGAAAGCAUGUUUACAUCUCUUCUCAAAAUUAUAAAGCUUCAGACUCAUGAUAUUAUUGAAGUGCCUACUCGCCUUGAUAAGGACAAGCUCCGAGAUUAUGCUCAGCUUGGACCGCGAUACGAGGUGCAGUUAACAUAG